GCCUUCUUGAAUAAGGAUUUGCAGAUAACUUGCGACGAGGCAUUCUACAACGCUGUGGAACACUUUUAUGAGAUCUUCCUGAAAUCCGAAAACGUUGAGCGGAUGGUGAAAACCGGAGCCUUCUCAAUGCAUGACAUACGGGAAGUCUUCAUCAGCAGCAUUGAACAACGGCUGGCACGUUUCAGCGAAAUUGAUGGACUACCCAAGCAGACAGUAAUUAGUGCCUGGAAGAUAAAAUUUGACCAAAUCUGUCGAGGUGGUGAAGGUCCCUGCCCCAUUGCCAACAGACUUGGCUCUCAGCAACUGGAACUCACCAACCCAACCAGGGAACAACUCUACGAGAUCUUUAUGCGCAUCUUAUCCAUAAAGAAGUACGAGCAUCAAAUCCUCUUCAAUGCCUGCCAGGUGAAUUAA